AUGGAGGCGAUGAUUGCUGCUCAAAAGGAGCUAUUCGGUCGGAUCGGCCGAACCCUAGAGAAUCUAAAGAAGACAGAGGCCGCCAAAAUAACGAGCCCGCUGAUUGACACCACGCUCGCGCUACUUGAUCAAAAGUGGGAAAAGAAGACGGCCCUGCUUGAGCUCCAAGAAACGCUGGCUGCCAGUAAGACCGAACCUGCGCGCGCUGCCAAUGAUCACGCGGUCGACCACGUGACUCCACCCCCGCGCACGACCUUACCACGUAUUCAACUGCCAAACUUUUCCGGCAAUUACGAGGAUUGGCCAGCCUUCCGAGAUCUGUUCGUCUCCCUCAUAACGAAGGAUCCUCUUAUUUUAGAUGUCACUCGACUACACUAUCUCAAGGCGAGUUUACGAGGAGAAGCCGACAUGUUGGUACGAAACCUCCCGACCACGGACGAAAACUUUCGUCGCGCGUGGCAAAUCCUCGUGAACUAUUACGAGAACACUCGCCUUUUGGUACGGUCAUACUAUGCCGCAUUCACGGCCCUACCAAAAAUGAAAAGCGAGUCCGCGGCUGAAUUGCGCAAGGUAUUCUACUGCGUCACCGGUACCGUCGGAGCCCUGGAGAGUAUCGGCCGACCAGUGAACAACAGUGAGGAUCUAUUCGUGCACCUCACCAUCGAAUUACUGGACCCCCGAUCACGACGCAAAUGGGAGAACUCAGUGAGCGCCACCUCCGAACCAGCGUCGUAUUCCGACUUACGACAGUUCUUGGAGCGCCGACUUCAUACUCUGGAAGCACUUCAACCUGCAAGGGCGGAAGAACCUUCCGCCAAGACGAAUGAUCGGAGCAAUCGAUCCGCUCGCUCGCAUUAUGCCCAACAGGACUCCGCAAAAAGAGAAAGAGGUCGUUGUCCGAUGUGCCACCAAGACCACUACUUGCUGCUCUGUGACGAAUUUCGGAAGAAGACCGCCGUGGAGAAAAAGCGCUUCAUGGAGGAAGGCAACUUAUGCCUCAAUUGCUUAGGCAAGCACAAGGCUAGUGACUGCCCAUCGAGGCGCAGUUGUGCCGCCUGUUACGAGCGUCAUCACACAACUAUCCACGAUGCCUAUCGCGCGCCUGCGAUCGAAACGAACCUAGAGACAGCGAAUCCUCCGAGGACAUCCCACGCUGCGCGUCGACCAGUCGAAGAACCAGUAGCCGUGCUCCUUGCCACGGCGCGAGUCAAGGUACGAGACUGCGGCGGUGAACUGCACUCCGCUCGGGCGCUAAUAGAUCAAGGAUCAGAGAUCUCCAUCGUGACUGAGGCCCUCGCGCAACGAUUGCGGCUCAAGCGAACAAGAACGUCGGUUGCGGUAUUCGUUGUGGGCGGCCAGCAGACAGGAGUCGCGAGAGGGCAACUAUCCUUGCAGAUUACUCCCCGAGACGGGGUUAGCGAUCUAGUGGUGCCCGCAAUCGUGCUUCCUCGCUUGACCCUCUACGCCGGUGUCACGAGUGUCGCGGUGAAGGAAUGGCCGCACCUCCAAGGCCUCGAAUUAGCCGACCCUGAAUUUGCCGCGGCGGGGGACAUUGAUAUUCUGCUGGGUGCCGAGGUCUACGCGAACAUCCUCGGUGCUGGCGUCCGAAAGGGAGGAUUACGAGAUCCCGUCGCGCAGCAGACUUCUCUCGGCUGGAUCGUGUUCGGUACCGUUGGCACGAGCGCUUCCCACGCCGCGACCUUGCUGCAUCAGUGUUCAGUAAGUGAGCCCUUAUCGGCUCUAGUCCGAAAAUUCUGGGAACAAGAAGAGGCCCCAUCGUCUGGCCGAGUUCUAACCCCCGAAGAGCAAGACUGCGAAAACUUCUUCGUGAACACGCAUUCUCGAACUCGCGAGGGCCGCUAUGUGGUACGCCUACCUGUGGUCCCCUCGCUCCCAGACCUCUCGGGAACGAGAGCCGCCUCCAUUCGGAUGCUCCUCCACAUGGAACGGAGGUUCGAAAGAGAUACCCAACUACAAGUUAUGUAUAAAAGCUUCCUGCAAGAAUACGAGACCUUGGGACACAUGACUCGCGUCGGCCCCACAGGAGAGCAUGAGAAGCGAGCGUGCUACCUGCCUCAUCACGGAGUACUCCGAGAAGCCAGCACUACGACUAAAUUGCGAGUCGUUUUCAACGGCUCUCUUACGAUCGCCGACGGCAGGUCCUUAAACCAACAAUUCUUGCUGAGUUCGAAUUUACUCCCCUCGUUAGCGGACCUCUUGCUUCGAUGGAGGAGACAUCGGUACGUAUUCGCGGCCGAUAUUGAAAAGAUGUACCGCCAGAUUCUAGUACAUCCCUCUGAUCGCGAUCUACAAAGAAUAGUAUGGAGAACGAAUAGGUGUGACCCCGUCACUGAAUAUCAGUUGAAUACUGUAACGUAUGGGUUAGCCUGUGCUCCGUUCCUCGCCAUUCGGACGCUACACCAACUCGCGGAGGAUGAGCGACCGCGAUUCCCUAUCGGAUCCACAAUUCUCAAACGAGACGUCUACAUGGACGACGUCCUUUCGGGAGCAGACACCCUAGUUCAAGCUCGAGAUCUACAACGCCAACUCAUGGAACUCUGCAUGGCGGGCGGAUUCCCUCUGAAAAAGUGGGCAUCAAAUGACUCGAGCAUUCUCCAAGACAUGCCCGAGGAGAAUCUGGCGCAACCGAAUGGUCGGACUUGGCUGCCGCACGAGAGUCAUUCGACACUGGGUCUUCAUUGGCACCCUCAGUCCGACACCUUCACCUUCACGAUUCCGUCUAUCGAGGCAAAACCAAUAACGAAAAGAUCGGCCCUUUCUCAAGCCGCGCAACUAUUUGAUCUGCUCGGAUGGUUAGCCCCAGUCACAGUUCGCGCAAAGAUAUUUAUUCAGGCCACGUGGCUGAAGGGGUUAGAGUGGGACACGCCGCUGCCCCCUGAGGAUGGCGAAUACUGGAGAGCCUUCCUCACCGACUGGCCACAGCUCACUAAGGUCCGAGUCCCUCGCUGGUGUCACUGGUCAACCAUAACCCCCGUGGUGGAGUUGCAUGGAUUCGCCGAUGCUUCUGAGAGCGCGUACGCCGCCGUGGUGUACCUGCGGACGAAAGGAAACCCUGACGACCCCGAAUGGACGACAACUCUCGUGACGGCUAAGACGAAGGUCGCCCCCUUAAAACAAAUAUCUUUACCUCGAUUGGAGCUGAGUGCCGCUACCUUAUUGGUACGAGUGAUACAUCACGUUCAGGCAACUCUCGACCUUACCCAAAGGCCGACUCACUUGUGGUCCGAUUCGACGGUUACCUUGGGCUGGAUUCGAGGACACCCUUCGCGAUGGACGACAUACGUCGCCAAUAGAGUCUCAGAAAUCCAGACCACGCUUGUCGACGCUCACUGGCAUCAUGUGACCAGCCAAGAUAACCCCGCCGAUUGCGCCUCGCGCGGAGUCUCACCGGGCGAGCUCGCGUCCCAUCCCUUGUGGUGGCACGGACCAGGUUGGCUCUCUAUCGAGAAUGAGCCUUGGCGCUCUGAAACUGAGCAAAGAGAGACGGAACUCCCCGAGCAGCGCACGAGAACGCACCUAGUUCAAGGUCAGGACGAGGAGCCCGAAAUUUUCGUUCGCUACUCGUCUCUCCAACGGCUUCUUCGGAUCACAGCCUGGUGUCGACGAUGGUUAAUGGGGCAGCGACGUGACCCUGGGCAACCCCGCGAGCCUCUAACCUUGGCGUGCAAAGAGUUGGAUCAGAGCCUGGACGGCUGGAUCCGGGUCGUCCAGAGAGGAAGGCUGUCCCAAGAAAUCAACCAAGUACAAAAGGGCCGGACUCUCAGCAAGAGCAACUCCCUUGCCAAACUUAAUCCCUUUGUGGACGAGCAGGGAAUCUUACGGGUGGGAGGCCGGAUGAAACACUCCCUCCUACCCUUCGAUGAAAAGCAUCCUAUUAUUUUGCCUAAACGGUCACAUUUUACUAAUCUGAUUAUUCAGUCCUGUCAUCGCCGCACUCUCCACGGAGGUGUGCAGCAGACUUUGGGUCUCCUUCGGCAGCGCUAUUGGAUCCCCUGCGGUAGAGCGGUGGUCAAGGGACAUAUCCACCGUUGCCUCCCGUGCCUGCGAUGGCGGGCGGCCUCGCCCCAACCACUCAUGAGCAACCUCCCGGGACCGCGAGUAACCCCCUCACGGCCAUUCCAGCACACAGGGGUAGAUUAUGCCGGGCCGAUCCUGCUGCGCUGUUCCAAGGGGCGAGGCCAGAAAUCCAUCAAGGCCUUCAUCGCAGUCUUCGUCUGCUUCAGCACCAAGGCGGUACACUUGGAAGUCGUCACCGAUUAUACUGCAGAGGCCUUCCUAGCGGCCUUUCGACGAUUCGUCUCUCGUCGAGGCUUAUGCGAGGUAAUGUACAGUGAUUGCGGUACUAACUUUGUGAGCGCUGAGGCAGAACUUCGAAAGCUCUUCGCGGCCAGCGGACGUGAGGCGCAGCGCAUAUGUACGGCCUUGGCAGAGGAGCGAGUGCGGUGGAGGUUCAACCCACCUUCCGCACCUCACUUCGGCGGCCUCUGGGAGGCGGCGGUGAAGUCUCUUAAGCACCACCUGCGCCGAGUGAUCGGAGACUCCAAGUUAACAUACGAGGAAAUGUCCACCUUCCUCUCGCAAACCGAGGCCUGUCUAAAUUCAAGGCCACUGCAACCCUUGACCGACGAUCCUGAGGACCUAACUGCAUUAACCCCGGGCCACUUCUUGGUGGGAGCAGCCCUCUUAUCGGUACCAGAGCCUACUCUCGUUGACGUGCCUGUCAAUCGCCUCUCCCGUUGGCAGCAGGUACAACAAAUGCGGGAGCAUUUUUGGAACCGGUGGUCUCAGGAGUACCUUCAUAGCCUAGCAGCACGCCCCAAGUGGUGGAAGGAAAGCUCAGCGCCGAAGGUGGGGCAACUGUGCCUCGUACGCAACGAGGUGACACCGCCCACGCGAUGGCCAUUAGCUAGGAUUACUGCUCUGCAGCAUGGCGACGGUGACCGCGUAAGAGUGGUAACUGUAAAAACGGCCACGUCCGAGAUAACGCGACCCCUCGUGAAACUCGUUCUCCUCCCUGCCGAGUCGUCAGAAGACUCGCAACAGCCCAACUGCCCUACCGGUACCGCCAUGGUCAAUCUCGUUCGUCCGCUCCACGGAACGAGGCGGGCGGGAUGUUCGGAUUCGACGCAAGAAUUCGAACUUUAA